AUGAACAUUGAAGGUCAUGUCAGAAACUUUGAAACACAUGAACUACCAGCAAUGUUAGAUAAAAAAGCAGAUAAAGAACAUACACAUAACUCCUUCUCAACUGUUGCUAUAGAAAGUAUUGAAGGAACGGUUGGCGGAACUGGUGGGGAUGCAUUAUAUUAUAAACCUCCUAACUUUCCACAAGGUUUAACAUCGAAUGAAAACAUAACAACGAAGAAAGAAAUUAGCUGUAAAAAUGUUUAUGUCAUGGACGAUGAAAAUAAUGUUAAAUUCACUGCUCAAGAUUUAUAUGAUAAUAAAGCUGACAAGAACCAUACACAUAAAUCUUUCACUACUGUUAGAGCAGACGACAUAAUAUUGAACUAUACCCUUGGUUCAAGUGCACCAUUAGAAAAUCCAAGUACAAGCGUAAAAGAUACUCUUAACAAUUUAGAUAACAGUUGCAGGAAUAUCGAAGAUCAUGCCAGAAACUUUGAAGCAUAUGAACUACCAACAAUGUUAGAUAAGAAAGCAGACAAAACAGAGCUUCAAACAUUAAAGACAGAAAUACUUCAAACAUUAUAUCUUGUUGGUUCUAUUUAUACGUCAAUGAACUCAACAAAUCCAGAAACAGUUCUGGGUUUUGGUACGUGGAAGCAGAUUGUAGAUAAAUUCUUAUACUGUGCUAGAUAUUCAAAGCAAACAGGAGGUUCGAAGAAAAUUAAAGAAGCAAACCUUCCACCGCACACUCAUACAGGAACUACAAACACAACAGGUAAUCAUUCACAUUCAAUAACAAAAAGAGGUUAUACAAAUCUUGCAGCAG